AGGUGAGCCUCAGCUUAUGCUGCAGGUGGUGUGAACCCACAGCCCCUUAAGUGACCCCAAGGAGCAUCGGCGCACAGGAGGAUGGCCCAGGUCCUGCACGUGCCGGCCCCCUUCCCAGGGACCCCUGGUCCAGCUUCCCCUCCCGCCUUCCCUGCCAAGGACCCCGACCCGCCCUACUCGGUGGAGACGCCCUAUGGCUACCGCCUGGACCUGGACUUCCUCAAGUACGUGGACGACAUCGAGAAGGGCCACACUCUGCGGCGGGUGGCCGUGCAGCGCCGCCCCCGCCUCGGCUCUCUGCCCCGCGGCCCCGGGUCCUGGUGGACGUCCACUGAGUCACUGUGCUCCAAUGCCAGUGGGGACAGCCGCCACUCGGCCUACUCCUACUGCGGCCGCGGCUUCUACCCGCAGUACGGCGCCCUGGACAGCCGCUCGGGCAUCAACCCACGGGUGGAACGCACGCUGCUGGACGCGCGCCGCCGCCUCGAGGACCAGGCUGCCGGGCCUCCGGGCCUGGGCUCGCUGACCCCCAGCGCGGCCGGCUCCACCAGCUCGCUGGUGGGCGUGGGGCUGCCGCCCCCGACGCCGCGGGGCUCGGGACUGUCCACGCCCGUGGCGCCCAGCGCCGGGCACCUGGCGCACGUACGCGAGCAGAUGGCGGGCGCCUUGCGGAAGCUGCGGCAGCUGGAGGAGCAGGUGAAGCUGAUCCCCGUGCUCCAGGUGAAGCUGUCGGUGCUCCAGGAGGAGAAGAGGCAGCUCACAGUGCAGCUCAAGAGCCAGAAGUUCCUGGGCCACCCCACCGGGCCCCGGGGCCGCAGCGAGCUCUGCCUGGACCUCCCCGAACCCCUCGAGGACCCAGCGGCACUCGAGACCCGGAGUGUGGGCACCUGGGUCCGCGAGCGGGACUUGGGCAUGCCCGACGGGGAGGCGGCCCUGGCUGCCAAGGUCGCAGUGCUGGAGACGCAGCUCAAGAAAGCCCUGCAGGAGCUGCAGGCAGCUCAGGCCCGGCAGGCGCCCGACAGCCCCGUGCGUGCAGACACCGUGCGGGUGGUGGAGGGCCCGCGGGAGGUGGAGGUGGCGGCCAGCACAGCCACGGGGGCCCCUGCACAGCGGGCCCACAGUCUGGAGCCCUACGGGGCAGGACUGCGGGCCCUGGCGACUUCCAAUGGGGCCGAGAACCCUGCGGUGUUCCGCAGCCACGAGGUGAUGGAGGCGAUGUUCCCCACACCAGCGCCUGCACCGUGCCCAGGCAAUGUGCACAUGGUGAAAAAAAUCAGCAUCACCGAGCGCAGCAGCGAGGGGCCUGCAGGUCGCAAACAGGGACCCAGAGAGUCGCCCUCGUCACCCCCAGCUUCCGCAGAGGUCUCCCUGGCUCAGCCCAAGAGCAGAGGUGGGGUGCCCACCUGUGAUACCACCAACAGUGAAUCCACCAGGCUAGCCAUGCCCCGUGAGCUGGGAGAGGCCAGGGGUGCAGGUCCCCCUCCCCCAGGCGGGCCCCAGAUGAGUGUGCGAUCCGUCAUGAAGUGGAAGGAGGAGCCCCAAGACCACCCAGCAGACCACCAGAAGAGCCUGCAGUUUGUGGGAGUCAAUGGCGGGUACGAGUCCUCCUCCGAGGACUCCAGCACAGCGGAGAACUUCUCUGACAACGAGAGCAUGAAAAGUGAGGCUCCAGAGCCAGAGGAGAGGGUUCCCAGCGUGGCUGAAGCCGCCCAGCUCAGGCCAGCAGGGACAGCAGCGGCUAAAACCAGCAGUCAGGAGUCCCAUCUGUCUCAGGAGUCUCAGCGCGUGCCCACGGCUGAGGGGGCGUCUGCGUCAAACGUGGAAGAGGAGACCCGGAUGGAGCUAAGCCCGGAGCUCAUCUCCGCCUGCCUGGCCCUGGAGAAACACCUAGAGAACCCCAAAGCCCUCACUGAGAGGGAGCUGAAAGUGGCCUACACCACAGUGCUGCAGGAGUGGCUGCGCCUGGCCUGCCGCAGCGACGCCCAGCCCGAGCUUGUGCGACGGCACCUGGUCACCUUCCGGGCCAUGUCAGCGCGGCUGCUGGACUACGUGGUCAACAUUGCCGACAGCAACGGCAACACCGCGCUGCACUACUCCGUGUCGCACGCCAACUUCCCUGUGGUGCGACAGCUGCUGGACAGUGGUGUCUGCCAGGUGGACAAGCAGAAUCGGGCCGGCUACAGUCCCAUCAUGCUCACCGCCCUGGCCACUCUGAAGAGCCAAGAUGACAUAGAGACCGUCCUGCAGCUCUUCCGGCUCGGUGACGUCAAUGCCAAGGCCAGCCAGGCUGGGCAGACAGCCCUGAUGCUGGCAGUUAGCCACGGCCGACUGGACGUGGUCAAAGCCCUGCUGGCCUGCAAGGCGGACGUCAACGUGCAAGACGACGAUGGCUCCACAGCCCUGAUGUGCGCCUGCGAGCACGGCCACAAGGAGAUCACCAGGCUGCUGCUGGCCGUGCCCAGCUGCAACAUCUCCCUCACUGACCGCGACGGGAGCACGGCCCUCAUGGUGGCCCUGGAUGCAGGGCGGAGCGAGAUCGCGUCCAUGCUGUACUCACGCAUGAAUAUCCAGUGCUCGUUCGCCCCAAUGUCGGAUGAGGAGAGUCCCGCGUCUUCCUCGGCAGAAGAGUAG